AUGGCUACGUUGCCGCCUGUCCUCCCCCCCUUUCUUCCUGACCAGCUCAUCGCGUUGACAGGUGCCCGCGAAGAGGCUCUCGCCGACGUGUAUCACCUGACCGGGCUCGAUGUGAUCGAUCGGGACGCGUUCAUGGCCAUUCCGGAGGCUAUGCGGGUUGUUCAUUCAGAGAUGGUGAUUUUGCAGGGCUACGAACCUCGGGUGGAGCGUCGUUACUUCACCGAUGCUCUGCGUGAGCUAGACGAAAUGAAGAAGUGGUUACAGGCAAUCGCCCGUCGAGGUCCCACCGCUGUUGAAAGUACGACGCUUCCUCUCGUUCGCACCACCGCAGGUCGAUUGAAGUACGACAUCUCACCCCAACGGCUUGCUCAAUGGGUGCAGGAAGGGUUCACCAAUCACCAAAUCGCACUGUUCACGGGGGUCUCGUCCAUGACGAUCAUGCGGCGUCGCAAGGAGUACGAAACCCCGGCCAGAAUCACCGACAUUUCUGACGCUGAUCUCGAGCAACGCAUUCGGUGGCUCAAAGAAAAUGGCUCGGGGUUCACCGGAGCAUUGGGUAUCGCCGGAAUCCUCAAAUCGGAAGGCAUUGUGGUGCCACGGCAGCGCCUUCGUUCUCUCCUCAAAGCAGUGGAUCCUCAAGGCACUGUCGAUCGAUGGGCUCGGCGAAUCGUCCGACGCAACUAUUCCGUCCCUUUCCCGAUGAGCCUUUGGCACCUCGAUGGUCAGACUCUUGACCUCUUCCCUCAUUUCUGACGGGGUCCCUGAUCUGACGCACUUCAUUCCCUAUGCUCUCGGCAGGAAAUCAUAAGCUUUCGCGAUGGGGAUUUGUGAUCCACGGUUGUAUCGACGGUUACUCACGUAUGAUCACAUUUUUGCGCGUGUCCCGUGACAAUCGUGCGUCUACCGUGCUGGAAUAUUUCGAGGAGGCCGUAAAUCUCUUUGGAUGGCCAAGUCGGGUUCGCUCGGAUUAUGGAGGCAAGAAUGUUGGGGUCAAGCGACUGAUGGAAGAAGCUCGCGGUCGCCAUCGCGGUGAGUGGGACCAGUUCCAUUGGCUCCGAGGGACUGAUGGACUGAUCUGAACGUGAAUUUUUGAUUUCAGGAUCGCACAUCAUGGGGACUUCGACAAGGAAUCAGCGUAUCGAACGACUAUGGCGAGAUCUGCGAGCUUGGCAGAUUGAAGCGAUCCGCGACGUUUUCUACGACCUCGAGAACCAACAACUGCUGGUUCACCGCAACCCCAUUCAUCAAUAUUUGCUGCAUCUGGCGUUCGGCGCAUACAUUCAUGAGGCUGUUCAACGAUUCGUCCAAGGCUGGAAUCACCACACUCUGAAACGGCCAAAGGGGCAGAUGCGAGAUCAGGGCCAAACGCCGCGGGCAAUGUUCAUCUUAGGUCAGUAAACAGAGAUCUCAUCCAAGCCCCCAGUCCAGUGGCUCAGUCCCGCUUGGUUUCUUGUCCAUGACAGGCAGAGCGAGAGCCGAGAAGGCAGGCUUUUCCUUCGCCCUGUCUGACGAGCAAGCCCUCGAAGAUCUCGAUGUUGAUGGGGUAAAUGCGGAGCUCGAUUUCGCGGGUUACGGUGAUGACGACGAUGACGAUCAGGGACGCGAUCGCGAACGCGGCGAUCAGCAUGCUCUAGUAACGGAAGUAGACGACCAUGUGCUGGACGAAGAAGCUAAGGCAGCGCUGUUCGAAGAGAUCCGAGUUCAAGGUCUCGAAUCUGACACUCUUGAGCUUAAGGAGGCGCGGCGGAAGUAUUUGGUGCUCUUACGAUGGGCGGAAGAGAACCUUGCAAUGUGA